UUUAUCCACCAACCAUAAGCUCGAAGCUUAUCAAAAAAUUUGACGGAAAAUAGCUACUGGUUAAUACAUAGAGCCUAUUUACACUAAGCGUUGAGACGGAGGAGUCGGGCUAUGGUAACAGUCUGCCAUUGUUUAGCCCGUAUCUGAUUUCCUAUCCCUCGUUAUUAUCCGUUGUCUGUUAUUUUGUACUUCAUCGAUCGCACCAUCGAGCUCUGUGAGCACUCUAUCCUUGAUGACUAUUAUCACAAAAAUACGAUAGAGAAAAAUCAUCAGAGACAAUUCUAGCCAUAUUAUUUAACCGAUAUGUUCCUUGUUCAUCUGAUGAGGUCGACCAGCCAGCCCUCGUUUGCUUUACGCUGAACCUGCACUGGGACUGUAUCUGCUGAUCUUAGUCCGAGGGAACUACCAAAAUGUCGACUACGUCGGAUUCCAGUCACUUAAACGAUAAAAAUCAGUCAGAAGCCCCCCAAUCCAGCCCGCAUAAGGCCGGGGAUAUCCAGAGCACUGAAGUGGCCAAAGAUGGAACACAUGUCGAUCUUGUCGAGCCAGAAGAUGUACCUGAGUACAGGACCUUCCUGUCCAUCUUCUAUUCCAAGAGAAAGUCAGUCGACCUCGAUGCUAUUGCUACUACGAGGAGUGUGUUUGAUGAUUCGAAUCUGGCCAAAUAUUACCAGCCACACCCGCAGUACGAGAAUUUGCAUCGAUUUGACCCUUCUGAGAGGUGGACCUACCGCGAGGAGAGAUCAGUACGCCGGAAAACCGAUCUGAAGAUUUUCCUUUGGAUCCUUGUGAUGUUCUUUGCGCUCAACAUUGAUCGGGGCAACCUGGGAAAUGCUGCUGCCGAUAAUUUGUUGCCGGACCUGCACAUCAACACCAACGACUACAACAACGCGCAAAACAUGUAUCGGAUCGGCUUUUUGAUCGCUGAGAUUCCAUCUCAGAUGAUCGGCAAGAGAAUUGGUCCGGACAGAUGGAUCCCCAUUCAGAUUAUUCUAUGGAGUUUGGCAUCCGGUGGACAGUUCUUUAUGCAUAACAGAGCGGGAUUCUUUGCCUGUCGGUUCUUCCUUGGUUUCUUCAUGGGGGGGUUCAUCCCAGACGCGAUUCUGUACCUCUCUUAUUUUUAUAAGAAGACCGAGAUGCCCGUACGCUUGGCGUGGUUUUGGUUUGUUGACUCGGUGUCGGGGGUGAUCGCCUCGUUCAUCGCCUACGGUGUCUUGCACAUGCGUGGGGUACAAGGCCGUGAAGGAUGGAGAUGGCUCUUUCUUAUCGAAGCCUUGAUAAGUAUAGUGAUUGGAUUUUUGAGUUUCUUAUUUCUCGUUCCGGGGCCUACCCAGACAGCAACAUGGUGGAAUCCCAAGGGAUACUUCACCGAGCGAGAAGAGAAGAUCAUCGUCAACCGUGUCCUGCGGGAUGACCCAUCAAAGGGAGACAUGCAUAACCGUCAGGCGUUAAGCUUGAAAAUGCUUUGGCAAAGUCUGCAAGACUAUGAUCUGUGGCCAGUCUACAUCAUCGGUAUCCUGUUUGAGAUCCCUACCUCGCCACCAAAGACAUAUCUCAGCUUGUCGCUGAAGGCCAUCGGGUUCAGCACCUUCCAUACCACCUUACUGGGCAUUCCGGUCACCGUCUUCGCAGCAAUCAACCUGCUGAUCAUCACCGAAUUGUCCGAAUGGUUCAAACAAAUCUCCAUCUUUGGAAUCCUGACCCAACUCUGGUCUCUUCCUCUCCUGAUUGUUCUGUACACCUCGGCUAGCACGCUAUCCCACUGGGGGCUCUACGCGGUUACAUUUGUCCUGCUUGGAUGGCCGUCUAUCCACGCUGCACAAGUCGGAUGGUGUUCUCGGCUGAGUAAUGCUGUGCGAACGAGGGCUGUCAGCGCUGCUCUCUAUAACAUUACCAUUCAGCUUUCCGGGAUUGCGUCUUCGAAUAUUUACCGUGAAGAUGACAAGCCAUACUACCAUCGGGGAAACUCGCAGCUGAUUGCCAUCAACGUAGCGACUAUUAUAGCAUACGUGCUGGCAAAGCUCUACUAUGUGGCGAGAAAUAAGUGGAAGCGCGCAAAAUGGGAUGCAAUGACGACAGAGCAGAAGGCUCACUAUCUUGAGACGACUAAUGAUCAAGGUAACAAGAGGCUAGAUUUUCUGUUUGAUAGUUAGGUAUGGACUGCAGGGAAUAGUAAAGCCCUGGAUGAACUUUAGCAUAGAUGAUACUGUCAGUGGAUAGUCUGAUGAGUCGA